GCCAGCGCUUUGCUCCUGCCAGCUGUCACUAUCAAUUGCAAAUCCCACAACAAUUUGCUGUCCAUAAAUCAAAAUAACAACACAGAUCCUACAAUUUUGUCAGCGAACAAUCAAGUGUUCGACAAGGGCAAAAGUGGUCAAAAAGUUGAUCACGCGGGGAACAAAAGUAAACUAUCGAAAUUAUCGGUCAGAGCAGUAAGUAGUACUGCCAUAGGGAACAAAGAUGACACUUUGAAUAUAAUUACCACAACGUCGGGUGUCACAGUCUCUGCGAGCAGGAUAAAUCCAUCUAUAAAAAAGAAUAGCGAAAACAACGAGAAUUUAAAAUCGAAUGUACAACAAUUAGUAAAGAAUACAUCGAUUAUAACUACAAACCAAUCUGGUUCUAAAUUUAGUAGCGUACGAGGUGUUGCUGCAUCUUGUGUUAGUGGUAAUGUUUCUCACGAGAAUGUGUCCAAAUCCAAAGAUUAUUCUGCUAAAAAGUUUCCCAGCGAGAUUGAUUCCAAAAUGAAGAAUUAUCAAAUGCAAUCCGACUAUAAAGAGACCACCUCUGUAAACAAUCAAGAUUACAAAACGAGGAAUAGCACAGCUAUGAACAAUUUACCAUCGAGGUUUGUCAAUCAGUCGUCCGUUCAAGCAUUGCACAGGGAGAAUCAUGCGAGCUCUUCUGGUGUACAUCAUUCUCGUCCAGCAUCACGUAACGAUAACACCGCCUUUUCUAUAGCUAGAAAAGCUUUGGAGCAACAAAAUCCGACGUCAAAAAUGGCACCGAUCAAUUUUCCUCCGUUACGCGCCCCGCAGAGUAUCGUGAACGUUCGUCACCCAUUCGUAACGGAAGCGAGAAUCAAACACAAUGAGAUAGGCGGUCCAAACUCUAAAUCGAAAUUAAACAUGGGAAGUUCCCUGCAGACCAGUGUUAAAGAUCUGGACCACAGUAGGCAAACUUUUCAUAGUUACGGAACGUCGCAGAUUGCUGGUAUUCCAAACGUUCAAAGUUUGAGCAACGUCACGGCAAACAUAUCGCCUUAUCCCAGACCAGAUAGUUUUCCUCAACCGACCGUUGCAAGCGUGCUGUUCCCAGAUACUUCGCAGUUCCCCCAAUCACCGCCCUUCGGUACAACGCAAAUUGGACAGCUGAACCAGUAUCAGGCUUACGAUCCUGGUAGUUUUGCGACUACACCAGUGAACGUAAAUCCAGUAAUUCCACAGUUCUCCGCAGAAAGUUCUAUCCCGUAUCCGCAGUACGACAAUCCUCCUCAGUUCGUGCAACCUAAUCAUUAUCCGACAGCGGAUAUAGCGAACAGUCAAUAUCAAUUUCAGGCGGCGAGUGUGGGACAACUACAAGACUCACCGAUGUUCAUACAAAGUCUACAAAGUCCGAUCGCUGUGACGGAUCAGUAUGUUGCACCGAAUUACGCUAGAACGGUCAGGACCGAAUUGGUGCCGCGAUUGAGGAGGCCACCGAGAUUCAACAAGUAAAAAUGAUUUUUUUUUAAUAUUCCUGAACAGAAAUCUGUAGCCCUAAGUAAAAGAAGAGUAAAAGGGGAAGUAAAAAAGGAAUACGAUGAAGAAUGUAGAACCGUAUUCGACUUUUUAAUCGAACAAAGGGCGUUUCUCGUGUAUCUGCAAAUUUGCCAAUUUAGUUGAACUAUUAAUGUGUGGAAGAUGUGGUAAAAGUUAUUUCAAUUUCUGAUCCAUUUUGAAAUAAAUUUUAACCAGUCUGCAUGGUCGAUGUAGUAGUAUGCAUUGUGAAGCGGUAAUUGUUAUUUCUUUUGGCAAAAUUUGCGCGGAUGCACAUUUUUAGAUUGCAUUAGCCGUUUGAAAAUUCUGUCUAAAAUGGUUUUAUACGGACACACAUGUACAGAAAAGAAACACAUACAUGAAAGUAAAAAAAAAAAAAAAUUAAAAAAUAAAACAGAAAAAGGAAAAAAAUAAUCAUUUUGACUUUUUUCCAUCAUUUGAUGUGACAUGGCAGAGCAUAGUAAGUUGAGCUCGAUUACGAUCCUAUGACGGAAUUUAUCGUGGAAACCCGAGAAAUAAAAAGAGGCGGUUGCAUACAGUUCGUUAAAUUGUAUAUAAAUUAUGACUACUCCUAAGAAUAGUCACAUUUCUAUAAAUAUAAUAUUGCGAAAUCCUUCUAAGCGACAAAUUUGUUUUUGUCGUGGCCGACCAGUGAAUGGAAAUUUGUUAAGUGGAACAAAGCCCCACAGUCACAUUACACGUAAAACUAAAAAAAGAAGAAUCCAUGAAUUGUGAAAUAACAAGAAGGAAAACAAAGCAACUGGAUUAUAAUUAUAAUAUAAGUUCUAGUUUUAAUGAAUGGUAUUCUACAAGCUAUACUUUGCAUAGAAUUAGUGGAGGUUUUCCAAUAUUUGCAUAUUACUUAGCUUAUCGCUAUGUUUUUAAUGUGCUUUACUAUCUAUAGAUGGGAUGGCGGUGUAACGAUGUUCAUUGCAAUAAGACGUGCACCAAAAAGAAUUCGACCUAUGGUAGAAAGGAAAUGCGUGUAUCAUUUUUAAAAUUAAAAACAACAAGAGAAAAAGCCAUAGAAAUAAAAAAGGGAGGAAAAUAUCAGUCCCUUCGGCAUCUUUGCUUAAUUUGAACAUCGUCUCUCCACCGAACGUAUGUACAGUGCAAACGUAGCUUUCGACGAUCCGAGUAUAAUAAAGGCGAUCGCAAAGAAAUAACGAUAUAAUCUUUCAGUGGUGAAUGUUUUUGCUUUAGUAUAGUAGCUCAUAAACUCAUAAGCAUCAUAUAUUAAUACGCGUAAGGUUAAUCGUUAAGGAUUCCUUAUUAAGUACACAUCUUGUAUAACCAAGUAUGUAUAAUACUCGUGUGUAUUGAAUUUUGAAUUGCCUGCGUGUGUCGAUCUCACCGGAUGAGACAUUAAUACUAAAUGAAAAAGAAUAACAUUGUAUGGUCACGUGGCGUCGAGAGGAUACAAAUGGAAACAGGGAGGAAAGUGGAUGCGUUGCGCGACAGUGUACUUCAGCCCGUGGAUCACUACCAUCAUUUGUAGAUACAAUGGAUAACGGAGAAAUUGAGAGAAAAAAAAGAAGAAGGAACGAUAUUACUGAACGGAGGUUCGAUUUACAUCGAAUAAUAUAUACUGCGUUCGUUACAGCAAACUCUGAUUUUUCUCCUGCAUCCGAUUACUAUUCACGCAUAACUGGAAUCCGUGUGUGCAUACGUGAUUUCAUCAGACGACGAUUCUUCUCGUACUACAAAAAAGCGUCUUGCUCAUCAGUGAUUCUACAAACGUUACAAAUACAUGUAUUUUAUUUGUUUUUUUCCAAAUUCAUAUCCACGUACAGUUUGAACAAACUCGCCCGCUUAUUGACGCUUCUCCUUUUGAAUUAUUAAAGUUGCUAAUCGAUGGAUACAUUAUUGCGUGUCACAAACGGAGGGAUGGAUAACUGAUCCAGAGUCAAAUAGUGUGCCAGUUAAUGAAAACUGAACGUAUGAUGCAAAUGAAAAAACUUGAGACGCAAAAGUUUCAUGUUUAUGAAAUGGUGUAUGCAUACCGCAUUAAUCGUUGACUCGAUAGCGAUGCAAUAAUGUGGCGAUGGAUUAUGCAGGCGUAAUUUCGAUACGUUUGACGCGCGUCCAACUUACACCGAUAGUACAAAAAGUUCUUCAGUAAAGCAAAUCGAAUGUGCGAGCCAAGAUAUCGCGGAAUCGCGUUGAACGAAUGGAAAGAAUACAUGUGUUUGCGCGCGCGCGCCUCUGUGUAUGUGUGCGUGUGUGCGUGUGUGCGUGUGCGCGUGUGUGUGUGUGUGUGGUGUCAAAUGACUGAUACGACUCGUCACGAGUAUCUGGAGGAUGAUGAGGAAACGAUAAAACUAUCCAAAGCGAUGUCUAGAGAAUCGUGACAUGAUUUCCUGGUCGGAGCAUAUUUCAUAAUAUACUUUUGGAAAAUAGGCAUUACUUACAUGCAAAGUAUAGAAUGUGUAUGUAUGUAACGGAAGUACAUUGCUAGGUUGAAUCUCCAACCAAUUGUUUCUUUAAGAAAAAUGGGAAACAGUUAGAAAAUAAAUAAACGAUUCGAUUAGAAAUCGUUGCCGAUUUAACCGAAAAUUCGUUUCGACCUAAUAACGAAGACAAAGCGAAACGAUUACUCGCCACGGGCGAUGUUGAUCUUGUGCAAUUAUUGUUUAUUUCCUUAGUGUUCGUAGAAUUACGAAACACACGGUGUGCCUUCGGUUCAAUGAUCUGAUUUUUCUUUUUUCGUUUGUUUGACUGUAGAGCGCUGCUUCGCGCGAUGACAAAUCUAAACAGUUCACGCGUAUCCGCCGUCCGCGAGCAGUUUCGUGCCAAAUACGACACACAGUCGUCGCGAACAUUUUGUUUUUAAAUGACAAAACGAAUGCGACAACAGACGAUGUUCUCCUCGUCACUGAAACGUGGCGAAAUUAUUGAAAAUUCACUGCUUCUAAGGGAACAUAUCAGUUAUGUGAUGUAAAAUUUAAAAGAAAAAACGAUCUACUGCAAAUCUACCUAGAAUUGAUCUCUUCUUUUGUAAUUCUGUAUACAAAGUUUUGCACGUUUUUUCUUCGUUAUGUCGACCAGAGUUUAUGAUGAUACAUGAUAUUCAUGGUGUUCGUCUUCUUUAAGCCUAAAUUAUAUUUUUAUAUAAUUUGUAAGUUUUCUUUUUUUUUUUCUAUUUUGUUUCAACCUUUCGUAUGACUGUGACGAUUGCAAUUUGGUUGAUUUGUGCAUAUUGUGAAUGAUCAUAUGCGCGAGUGUAAUAUAUUCGGUUUUAAACGGAGCGUAGCAAAAAUUUGAAUUUUACAAAUGUAUAUGCACCCUUAAAAGUAUUUCGUCCGUUGAUCUUUAUCGAUUUUGCUUUAUCUAUUAGUGCGUGUGAAUGCCAGGAGGAUCUCGGAGAGCGUUUUAGAUCGAAUAGAUCCAUUGCUCAGAAUCGUUCAUCGAACACGAUUAAUUGUUUAAAAAUUAAUUGAUUCAAUUAAUCACUACUAAAAAUGAAGAAAAAAAAAAAUGAAAAUGAAAUUGACAUGCUUACUUAAUUUAUUGCACCCCUAUGCUGUUAAUAUUCCCUCGCUUAGGGGGUCUAUAAUUUUGAGCGAAGUAAAGUAGCAUAUAAUUGGGACUAGCAGAUGGAAAAUUGAGGUAUAAUGAGAGAAAUAUUGUAACACAUAAUGAGAUCGCAAUGAAGAGAGAACGAAGAAACGGAAAGGGAAAGAUUUUUCGUCUUUUCCGAUAAUGGGAAAGUAUUUCUUUGUGGACCAAAUUAGGAACGAGAAAAGAAAAGAAGAAGUUUUAGAUUUGAUUCGCAAAAAGGCAAUUCACUUGUAUAAUAUUUUUCCUUUUGUUAAGUGUAUCAUAUGCUUUUUUCUUUUCUCGUUCGUAUUAUUCAUUCACAAAAGAGGUCUUACUCGUAAAAAAGAAGAAGAAAAAGAAUAAAAAGAAAAGCAUAUUUUCAGCGACUUGUACGAAGUCGGCUGAUACAGAAAAAGUAAUAGUAUUUUCAGCGAAAUCGCAGAGUCUCGUGUACGAAGCGAAUAUAAUAAUCUUCAGAUGACUGAAACGAAAUUAUCUCAACCAUUGUUAUGCAUAGGUGGGAUCGAAUUUCAUUUGCCAUUGAAAAUUUAAAAUUCCUAUAUUUGUCAUUGCAUCUUCAUGUGAUUAUUAUCAAUAGAUUGUGAGAUUGUCUUGAUGAAAAUAAAUCCAAACACAACCGUAUUGAGACUAUUUAGAAUUAUACGUAAAUAAAAGUUUUUCAGAAACGACUUGAAUAAUGUAUAAUUAAAAAUAAUUCGAACGAUGUAGUGUUUGGAUACAAUAUCACUGGGAAAAUUAUAUUAAUCCAUUAGUGAUAUGUAUGAAGAUAUAAUGGAAAAUAUAAAAUUUUCAUUUUCAUUAGUGGAUGAUUCAUCUCGGUGUUGUAUCUCGACCACUUUCCUCUUUGAACGUUAUGUGUCCAGUUCGAUUAUAGUCUAAAAUUGAUUAGAUCGAUGUCUGGAAAACUCGACCUUCAUCGUACGACUGAAAUACCGAGCACCCAAUUUCGUGUUAGUUAUCCGACGAUUACUGUAUAAUAUGAAAUUAAGUCAACUACGAAACAAUUUUGUCAUACGAAUUCAUCUAUGAGUUUUUGUUCGAGCGUUACCGCGUUUUGUAAGAUUUUAGAGAUGAACGAAGAAAUAAUCAGAAGAAGUAAAAGAAAAAAAAAAAAAGAAAAAAAAAAAGAAAAAUAGAAUUUCCUGUAGAUAGGAAGGCACGUUUUGAAACAAUUUUUUAUGCAUUUUUCGUUGCAUCUGUGCAUGUGUCACGGAUUUCUACCCUUUUCUCUCAACCGGCGUCGAAAUGCAAUUGUACAAAAAGAAACAAAACAACCAUCGUCAUCCUUGAUCUUCCCAGUACGAUCGACUUUUUAGAUGAAGGAGAGCGAGCGCGAGAGCGAGAUCGAAAGCGAAAGCGAAAGCGGAAGAGAUAGAAGGGUUUUAAAGGAAAAAAAGGCAAUAUUUAUUUGCUAUAGAAAAAAAAAUUGAAAGAGACGAGUUGUUGAAAUUUUAAUGUCGUUGCAUAAGCGAUAUUUCUCAAUUUCCUUUUCCCUUCUCAACGAACUUCGAAUGCUUAGGCAGAUCGGGGACUGGUACUAAACACCAAGUAAAUUCCGACGAUUUUACAUGGAAAUGUAGAUAUUCGUUCAAUCCUUGUAAGAAAAAAAGAGGAAACAGUUUUAUAAGAUGUAUAAAUAUAAACGAUUCAGCGUGACUGGAUGUAAUUUGUAAUUUUUAUAUGUGGAGGGGGAUACGUUAUUAUUUUUCAUUUUUUUUUCUAUUCUGUGAAAAGCUUUGCUCCCUUCCGGCCCCUUUACCUUUUCCCCCCAUCUAUUUUCUUUAUAAGUUAAAUCAUUUUCAGUUUGUAAAAUAAUAUAGUCGAUUUGAAUAAUCGACACGGUGUACUGGCACACGACACGGACAUGGCAUACAGAUAACGACUUAAAACAAUAUAGCGAGGCCCGUUUCUGUAAACGAGGGCCAUAAAUAUUUAUAAUCAAGGUUGUUUUAUGUAUGAUUGUGCGUGUAACAUUGUUAAUAAACUAACGAUGCUUAUGAAAGUUGUUUCGCGCUUUGUUACAUCUCGGUUUCCUCAUUGCCGUACUUCCUCUUUUUUUUUUAUUGAGAUGUGCGAUAUAAUUGUAUGUAUUAGGAAAAUGUGAAUGUUUUUUUAAUUUAUGUAAUUUCCUAAUAGAUGUUAAAUUUUCUAAAGAGAUAUCAAGUACAAUAAGUAAUUAUGUUACUUUAACGCUAAGCUUACUUACUUAACAACCUUACGAAUCAAAGGUAAAAGGAAAUUAGUGUACGAACGAGUAUAAAAUUUGUAUUUGUUAUUUGUGAACAAAAUUUGUUCGAUUUUGCUAACCAGUGCAUAGUAAAUCAUACGAAUGCUUGCAAAAUAGGUUUUGUAUAUGUCUGGCGUGUGCAAUUCUUUCCACUGCAGUUCUUAUCGCGUUUAUGUACCUGCAAAACCAUCCACUUUUUAUACUACAUAAAUUGAAUCGGAGCUACAUGUUGAUAACAAUAUUUUACUCGAAU